UCCUGCAACCAGUGAGAGGGCGAAGACGAUCCCCCUUCCACCAAUCAAAAGCUUCCGUGCUCAGAGAAGAGAAAGUAUCAGCUGCUUGUGGAAGCUGGCAUUUCAGUGCUGAGAAGAUGGCGAGAAGCGCGCAGGGGCUGAGGAGAGCUAUAGCCGAGUGUGUUAGCGAUUUACCGGCCGCUGCCAACCGCGAGAAGAGCUCCAGGAAUGCAGUUAGGCACCUGUCUUCGUGCGGUCUCUUGAUGACCAGAGCUCCCAUCCAGCUCCCUGUGUCGACGUGCAACCCCGUCCUUAUCACACCAGCCAGGAGCUUCCUGAACCUCACUGCUCCGUUCAUCAACAAGCGGAAAGAGUACUCCGAGAGACGCAUCAUAGGGUAUUCCAUGCUGGAGAUGUAUGAUGUGGUGGCGGGAGUGGAAGACUACAAGCAGUUUGUGCCGUGGUGUAAGAAGUCCGAGGUGGUGUUGCGCCGGUCAGGGUACUGCAAGGCACACCUAGAGGUGGGGUUCUCCCCCGUGAAGGAGAAGUACACCUCCCUCGUCACCUUGGUGCGCCCGCACCUGGUCAAGGCUUCCUGCACGGACGGGAAGCUGUUCAAUCACCUGGAGACGGUGUGGAGAUUCAGCCCGGGGAUCCCAGGCUACCCCAGAACCUGCACACUCGACUUCUCUAUCUCGUUUGAGUUCCGCUCGCUGCUGCACUCCCAGCUGGCGACAGUGUUCUUCGACGAGGUGGUGAAGCAGAUGGUGGCGGCCUUCGAGAGGCGCGCUGGAAAGGUGUACGGGCCGGAGACGAGGAUCCCGCAGGAGUUCAUGUUUCAUGAAGUGCACCACACGUAACAAGGGGGGAGGACGAGGAGGCAGGAGGAGGAGGAGGAGGAGGGAGGAGGGUGGAUGGAAUGGAUAUGGUGGGGGACCAGAGGUGGUCCUCAUCGCAGGGGGACCCACAGCUACUUAUUGACAACACUCAAACUAAACUGCUGACCUGCUCUUGUAAUUACCCACUGCUCGUCCUAAUCCACAAGGGAGGGGGUUCAACGGAGGCAGGUUCCAGUCACGUCUUGAUGGCCCUGCCAGUUCUUGCCAGGACAAUAAAAAGACUGAAAAAACAUGGAACUCCUCAAGCUAGUGUGUGGUUUAGUGGGUUUGCCCAGUAUAACCACUGAUUCAAACCCUGGGUCUCUAGUAUCUAGUCUGUGACUACUGGGGCACGCCUCACACAGAGUGAAUGGCUGGAUGUGGGAUUUUAACCCAGCAUCUCCAGUCUAGCAGUCCCCUCCUGGUCCUGGAGUUGAUGAGCCAGUGACUGAGCUGAGGGCUGUGAAGGAGUGUGAUCAAAGGGAACGCCACUGUUUGGAUCUGCUGCUAUAUAGACACCUGUGAUGAAUCCUCAAGGGCAGAAAAGCUGAUCUGUACACUUGUCAAAAAACAUAUAUGGAGGGCAUGUUUUAGUUUGUCGGGUGGUGGGGGGCACUGUUUUUACUUUUUUUUUUUUUUUUUUUUUUUUUGUAUGUAAUAUUAUGUGCCACU